AUGGGCCUAUCGACGACGGAUAACACGAAUGAUGGAAUUUCAUCGGAUCCAGAGAAGCAGGGCAUGAGCGCUCGGCAAAUAUCGUUGGAUCCUUCUCAAUGGCGCAGUCUUAAUGGGAGUAAACAGCGAAAAAAGAUAUUUGUGGUAGCCACGGGCCUUGUCAUGUUAUUCAACAGCGUAUUCGACUCGACAAUUCCCAGCGGCGGAAUUCGCUUCAUCGCGAACGGUCUGCAUGUCCAUAACGAAACGCAAUUGGUACUGCCCACGUCUGUGUAUCUUCUCGGAUACGUGACCGGCCCGCUUGCGUUUGGUCCUUUGAGCGAGAUAUAUGGCCGACGCAUUGUGCUGGUAGGAAGCUAUGUCCUGUUUACCAUCUUCACGUUAGCAUGCGCCGUUUCCCCCAAUUGGCCGGCCUUGAUCAUCUUUCGAACACUCUGUGGAAUAUGUGCAUCCAGCCCCGUUGCAGUGACUGGAGGUCUUUUUGCCGACGUUUAUCGCUCCCCUCUAGCUCGUGGGCGGACGAUGGCGCUGGCAAUGGCAGUGACGACUGCAGGGCCGCAAUUUGCUCCAUUGGUAGCCGGGUUUGUCGGACCGGUUGGAUGGAGGUGGAUCUUCUGGAUAUCACUUAUUGUUGCCGGUAUCACUCUGAUCCCUGUUUUGCUCCUUCCAGAGACUUUUCAACCGGUCCUUGAGCAGAAGGCGGGGGAGCGGGCAAACGACAUGGUCACCAAGGCACUGACUCGACCGCUUUACAUGCUAUUCUGCGAGCCCAUCAUUUCAUUCACCUGUCUCUACCUCUCAUAUGCUAGUGCGAUUUUCUUCAUGUAUUUCGAGGCAUAUCCCUUGAUAUUUCAAGGAGUAUAUGGAAUGAGCAAUGGAAUUGCUGGCCUUGCAUUUAUUCCGAUCGCCGUUGGAGCUUGCGUCGGGAUGGCCCUUUUCUUAUGGUACGACUCUAUUCUUCGCAGCGCAAAAUUGCGCAAGGCUCGCUGGUCCACAAUAGAAGAGUACCAAAGAUUACCUCUGGCAUGUGCUGGGGGACCGCUGUAUGUCUUGGCCUUAUUCUGGCUGGGGUGGACUGCCUCAGCGGAUAUUCACUGGAUUGUGCCCAUGCUCGCGGGCAUACCGUUUGGGAUGGCAUUCUUUCUCAUCUUCGUGGCUCUCAUCAAUUAUUUGGUUGACGCCUAUCACGAAUAUGCUGCCAGCUUCUUGAGCCUACUGAUGACUUUGAUCCCAUUUGUUUUCAUCCGGUACGGGGACCGAAUUCGAGCAAGAAGCAAAUUCCGGCAGGGACUAGGACAAGAAUAA